AUGGUAAAUCUCUCUCUCUCUCUCUCUCUCUCUCUCUCUCUCUCUAUCUAUCUAUCUAUCUAUCUAUCUAUUAUACCUUUAAUUAUAAAAUUCACUAAUAAAUGUCGUAAACGUCACAAACAGAAUGAGUUUGUUACUUUUAUUCAGUCAUUCCUUUUUAUUCGUUUCUUUCUUUCUUUCUUUCUUUCUUUCUUUUUUCUUACAUUUUUCUUUUUUAGCAUUCAGUCAUUCCUUAUGUCUUGUAAUAUCCCCGUUUAUUUUUUCUUUCUUUCUUUUCUUUUUUUUCUUUUUUCUUUCUUUAUUUAUUUCUUUCAGCUAAUUCCCUCUCCAUUUUUCAUUCCUUUUUCUUUGUUUCCCAUUUUAGGUUUUUUUCUUUCUUUUUUCUUUUUUUAUUUCUUUUUAAUUUCUUUCAAUUUCUUUCUUUUUCUUUCUUUUCUUUCUUCUAAUUUUCUUUCCAAAUUUCUUUCUUUUUUUUUCUUUUCUUUCUUUUUUUCUUUAAAAUUUUUUCAGCAUUCAAGUCAUUUUUUUUUUUCUUUCUUAAUAUUUGUUUUUUUUUUUUUUUUCUUUUCUUUUCUUUCUUUCUUUCUUUCUUUCUUUCUUUCUUUCUUUCUUCUAAUAUUCCCUCUCUCAAAGGACUUUAUGUCUUUUAAUGUAACGAAUUUUCUUUCUUUCUUUUUUUCUUUCUUUCUUUUUUUUGAUUUUUCUUUCAAAUAUUCCCUCUCGUUUGUUUCAUUCAGUCAUUUCCUUUUUAUGUCUAUAAAUUUUUUCUUUCUUUUCUUUCUUUUUUUCUUUAUUUUUAAAAAAACAUUCUUUCUUUCUUUCUUUCUUUCUUUCUUUUUUCUUUUUCUUUCUUCUAUAUAUUCCCUCUCGUUUGUUAUAAUUACUUUUAGCAUAUAUCAUUUCCCUUUAUGUCUUGUAAUAUCACCGUUUCUUUCUAAUACUUUUUUUCUUUCUUUCUUUCUUAUUUUUCUUUCUUUCUUUUUCUUUCAGUCAUUUUUUCUUAAUGUCUUGUAUUAUCACCGUUUCUUUCUUUCUUUCUUUCUUUUUUUCUUUCUUUCUUUCUUUUCUUUCAUUUCCUUUAAAAGAAUAAUUCACCCAUUCAGUCAUUCCCUUUAUGUCUUUAAAUCCCCGUUUUUUUUUUCUUUCUUUCUUUCUUUCUUUCUUUCUUUCUUUCUUUUUUCUUUCUUUCAUUUUUUCAUUCCUUUAUGUCUUGUAAUAUCACCAUUUUUUUGUUUUCUUUUUUCUUUCUUUCUUUCUUUUUUUUCUUUCUUUUCUUUUUUCAGCAUCAAGAGUCAAAAUUCAUUAAAGAAGAGUUUAAUUCCCCGUUUCUUUUUUCUUUCAAGAUUUCUUUAUUUUUCGUUUUUCUUUUUUUCAGCAUUCAGUCAUCUUCUUUUUGUAAAUUCGUUUCUUUCUUUCUUUCUUUCUUUCUUUCUUUCUGCAAAAUUAAAUGCAUUCAGUCAUUUCCCUUUAUGUACCACAAUAUUUCGUUUCUUUCUUUCUUUCUUUUCUUUUUUCUUUCUUAAUUUCUUUCUUUCUUUCUUUCUUUUCAGCAUUGUUUUUUCCUUUAUGUCUUGUAAUAUUUGUUUUCUUUCUUUCUUUCUUUCUUUCUUUUUUCUUUCUUUCUUGAUUUCAGCAUUCAGUCAUUUUUUAUGUCUUUUAAAUCAUUUUCUUUCUUUCUUUUUUUUCUUUCUUUCUUUCUUUCUUUCAGCAUUCAGUCAUUCCCUUUAUGUCUUGAUAUUUUCCGUUUCUUUCUUUCUUUUUCACGAUUUCUUUCUUUCUUUGGACUUUCUUUCUUUCUUUUUCAAAUUCAGUGUUCCCUUUAUGUCUUGUAAUAUCACUGUUUCUUUCUUUCUUUCUUUCUUUCUUUCUUUCUUUUUUUCUUUCUUUCAGUUUUUUUCCUUAGAUUCUUUUAAUAUCUUCUUUUCUUUCUUUCUUUAUUUCUUUCUUUUCCUUUUCUUUCUUUCUUUUCUUUCUUUUUCUUUCAGUCAUUUUCUUUAUUUCUUUUUUCAUUCUUUCUUUCUUUUCUUUUUUCUUUCUUUUUUUUUCUUUUUUUCUUUCUUUAUUUUUUUCACAUUUUCAUUCCCUUUAUGUCUUGUAAUAUUUCGUUUCUUUCUUUCUUUUCUUUCUUUCUUUUUUUCUUUCUUUCUUUUUUUUCUUUCAUUUUCAUUCCCUUUAUGUCUUGAAAUAUCUUUAUUUUUCUUUCCAGAUUUCUUUCUUUUUUUCUUUUCUUUUUUCUUUCUUUCUUUUCAGCAUUCAGUCAUUCCCUUUAUGUCUUGUGGGUUCACCUUUUCACUUUCUUUUUUUUUUCUUUUUCUUUCUUUCUUUUUUCUUUCUUUCUUUCUUUCUUUCAGAAUUCAGUCAUUCCCUUUAUUCUUUCAUUUCCUUUCUUUUAAUAUCACCGUUUCUUUCUUUUUCUUUCUUUCUUUCUUUCUUUCUUUCUUUCAUUCAUUUUCAUUCCUUUUUGUCUUUCUUCCCUUUUUGUCUUGUAAUAUCAUUUUCUUUCUUUCUUUCUUUCUUUCUUUCUUUCUUUCUUUCUUUCAGCAUUCAGUAGAUUUAUGUCUUAUAAAAAACCGUUUCUUUCUUUCUUUCUUUCUUUCUUUCUUUCUUUCUUUCUUUCUUUCAGUCAUUCCCUUUAUGUCUUGUAAUAUCACCGUUUCUUUCUUUCUUUCUUUCUUUCUUUCUUUCUUUCUUUCUUUCUUUCAGCAUUCAGUCAUUCCCUUUAUGUCUUUCAUUCCCUUUAAAAAAGAAUAUCACCGUUUCUUUCUUUCUUUCUUUCUUUCUUUCUUUCUUUCUUUCAGCAUUCAGUCAUUCCCUUUAUGUCUUGUAAUAUCACCGUUUCUUUCUUUCUUUCUUUCUUUCUUUCUUUCUUUCUUUCUUUCUUUCAGCAUUCAGUCAUUCCCUUUAUGUCUUGUAAUAUCACCGUUUCUUUCUUUCUUUCUUUCUUUCCAAAGAAAUUUUCUUUCAGCAUUCAAAAUUCCCUUUUUAUUGUAA